GUCUGAGGCAGCAAACGCCUUUGAUGCAGGCGCGUUGUUGGGUUGAGGCAAGCAAAUCGGCUGAAAAAAUAUCAGAAAGUCGGUUUUUAUCGGUCCUCUUCUGUCCUCUUCUUUCUUGAACAAGAUCCUGUUGCAGAAGGAGGUUGCUGAUGACAAUUGCUCUCCAGAUGGCGGAAACCGUGGCCACCCAAACGCCACCGGUCCUUGAAGGACAUGUGCCUUCUGAGAAGGAGAAGAAAUAUGACCGCCAGCUCCGUCUAUGGGCGGCAAGUGGACAGGCUGCUCUGGAGUCUGCAAACAUCCUGCUUUUCAACACAGGCUCUGGAGCUGUCGGUGUUGAGGCCCUCAAAAACCUGAUCCUGCCGGGCAUUGGCCGGUUCGCAAUUAUUGACGAUUCCACGGUGCAAGAGGCUGAUCUUGGCGUCAACUUCUUCUUGGAUGAGAAUUCUCUGGGCAAGUCGAGAGCCCAGUCAUGCACGGAGCUCCUUCUUGAGCUGAACCCAGAGGUUCACGGGGAGUGGUUUCCAAAGAACCAAGACCCGUUGGACCUGGAAAAGAUACUCUCAGCGUCGCCUACUUUCACCAUGAUCAUGUACACCUUGCCAAUCGAUCCAGCCCACUUGUCAAUACUGCAAACAUACGGAAGCAAGCAUCUCACCCCACUGAUUGCCAUUCAUUCGGCAGGUUUGUACUCGUACUUUCGCGCAAGCCUCCCUGGCACUUUCCCCAUCGUCGAUACUCAUCCGGACGAGGCCGCCACCACCGAUCUACGUCUGCUCUCCCCAUGGCCUGAGUUGCGCGAAUUCGCUAUUCAGAUGACGGAGGAUAUGGAAUCCAUGGACAACCAUGAGCAUGGCCAUAUACCAUAUGUGGUCAUCCUGCUGCACUACCUAGGAAAAUGGCAGGCCACGCACGGGGAGUAUCCAAAGAACUACGCCGAAAAGACCGAAUUCCGAAAAAUGGUUGCGGCAGGAGCAAGGAGGGACAACCCGGAGGGUGGCGAGGAAAACUUCGACGAGGCGGUGGCGGCGGUCGUGAAGACGGUAGUGCCCUCUAGUCUCCCAUCGAGCCUGAAGGAGGUGUUCGACUACAUUGACACUCAACCAAUCGAGGAAAGGUCGAGCUUCUGGGUCAUCGCCGACGCAGUGAGGCAAUUCUACAAGACACACAACUGUUUGCCACUGCCGGGGAAUGUACCGGACAUGAAGGCGCAGUCCAAGGUUUACAUUCAACUCCAGAACAUUUACAAGGCCAAGGCUCGGCAAGACGUGGCUGAGGUAUUGGGCACAGUCAGGCAGGGUCCAGGUGGCGAAGAUGUUGAUCCUGGAGAGGUUGAACUCUUCUGCAAGAAUGCAGCCUUCGUCAAACUCGUUAAUUCCGGAGCCACUGGCGCUGAUCGCCUUGCCAAAGUUGCCAAGGAGGAACUGGAAAACGACGUGAACAUGGAGGCCAUGAUGAUGCCUCUGUCCUUGAUCCCGAUAUACUUGGCACUUCGUGCGACAUCGCACAAUGGUCAAGCAUCACCCGAAGAGAUAUUGAAGAACAUUGAAGACACUGUCCCAGAAGCUGCCCAAAACGAACGACUCGUCAAGAUUUCCAGAGAAGUGGCUCGUGCUGGCGGCGGAGAGCUGCACAAUACAUCCGCUCUCACAGGUGGGAUGGUGGCUCAAGAGGUCAUCAAGAUCAUCACGAAGCAGUACAUACCGGUGGAUAAUACGUGCAUCUUUGACGGAAUCAGUAGCAGAUGCCAGGUUCUUCGUGUCUGAACGAGCGGGACGAUGAUGGCUUGCAUCGGCUUCUGCAAACAGUCUUCCAGGUCUGUGUCAGCCCAGGAUGGAAGCACCGUCCAGAUAUUUCCCGGCUUAUAUUUCUGGGGCGGGAUGACUCUGGUCUUGCCAAUGAGAGACGCGAACAGCCGAUGGGCGCUUGGAGAAGGGUGUAUGGACCUGACGCGGCCCCAUUAAGACAGCAAGCGGGCACGAACAAUCCAAAACCGGAUUGAUCUCUUGGCCAGAGAUGUUGGCUCAAUCUCGCGUCAUCCGGACCGCGGCCUCCUAACCAGGGCAGGCUUAUAGAAAUAGAUGGCGAACUUAUCGGGCCGCAAGUCCUAGAUUGCUAGCAAAGCCAGUGCAACCCUGGAAUGGCUUUUGGCCGGGAAGGGCGUCAUUGCGACGAACUCCGCCCGUAUGUGCCUGGGGAUCAAAGAAUCAAAGCGUUCACUACCAGCUACCACCUACCACUUACCAGAAUGCCCUGCCAUUUCCUGCGAUGGUGAAGUAACUUGAAAGGCA